CUCUCAAGUGUGUACAUCGUCAGCGCUUGUUGUCCAGGAAAUGCUUGCCUCGCCCAGGUAGGGACUGCUGUGCGUCGGUCUUUGUUCCAAACGCCAAGCUCACGCUGGCUCGGGUUGGUGUUUUGAACCUCUUUCGUCCGCAUGCGGAAACAUGUGAUCGUUGCGGCAGCUGUCGGGUUGGUGCCCUGCCUGACAGCAGCAGCCACAACGGUGCACCACGCCCACCCACCCACCAGUGGUGGGCCUGCUUUGGUAGGCGAGCGGCUCAGCCAGCAGCAGCUCCGUCACAAAAUCGAAGACGGCGUGUUGAGCAGGCUGGCCUCGGGCAUGAGGGAGCACGGAGAGAGGGUAGAGAGAGGAGAGCUGCGACCCCGGCCUUUCGUAACGCUGACCUACGCUCAGAGCAUUGACGGCAGUAUCGCGGCUGCGGACAAGUCCCAGUGGGAACACGCGCAGAUCCGGCAAUGGCCCAUAGUACUAGAGUAA